CCGGCGCAUGCUCGGCCGGGACCCGGAAGUGGAGGAUGGCUGAGGUGUCAGGAUGUACCUGGCAACCGGCGAUCGGCCCGGCGACACCGCAGAGGAGGCGAGGGAGUUUCCAAAUGAAAUGGCUUCUUCCAGUGUUUCUUCCAUGAAACUAAUAAGGAAUGCAGCUUGCAUUAAACAUUUGGUGUCUUCUUCCCAAAGUUUACUGUGUUUUAAAGUUCCCACUUGUUCCAUUGGUUCUGGGGAUAAAUCUUGUGCCUUAUGAAUCUGGGCUGACCAUAAAAAGGUAGCUUUUUCUGUGGCCUAGUUACCCUGAUCAGAAAUGGGUAGGAUCAGCUUCUCUUGCCUUUUUCCUGCUUCAUGGCACUUCAGUAUUUCCCCUGUUGGGUGUCCACGGAUAUUGAACACAACAUUACGGCAAAUUAUUGUCAUUGGACUCCUUACUGCUGCAUUUUUCAUAUUAUAUUACUCUGUUUUAAAAUACAGUUCCCGGGACAAAAAGCUGCACAGGUAUCUUGCCCGAGUUACAGACACCGAAGCCACAGACACAAGCAACCCAAAGCUGAAUUACGGCAUCAUGGUGGAUUGUGGAAGCAGUGGGUCUCGGAUCUUCGUGUAUUGGUGGCCAAGGCACAAUGGCAAUCCCCAUGAUUUACUUGACAUCAAGCAAAUGCGGGACAAAAACAGAAAACCAGUGGUUAUGAAAAUUAAGCCAGGCAUUUCAGAAUUUGCUACCUCUCCUGAGAAAGUUAGUGACUAUAUUUUUCCACUUCUGAACUUUGCUGCUGAACAUAUACCCCGUGCAAAGCACAAAGAAACCCCUUUGUAUAUUCUCUGUACUGCAGGGAUGCGAAUCCUGCCAGAGAGCCAGCAAAAGGCGAUACUGGAAGAUCUUCUUACUGAUAUCCCAGUGCAUUUUGAUUUUCUGUUUUCAGAUUCUCACGCUGAAGUGAUUUCAGGAAAGCAAGAAGGCGUAUAUGCAUGGAUUGGCAUCAACUUUGUCCUUGGAAAAUUUGAACAUAUGGAUGAAGAGGACGAGGCGGUGGUGGAAGUUCACGUUCCUGGCAGCGAAAGCAAAGAGGAAGUUGUCCGGAAAAGGACCGUGGGUAUACUUGACAUGGGUGGUGUUUCGACUCAAAUAGCGUACGAAGUCCCUAAAACUGUAAGCUUUGCCUCUUCACAGCAGGAGGAGGUGGCCAAGAACCUACUGGCAGAAUUUAACUUGGGAUGUGACGCUCACCAGAGUGAACAUGUGUAUCGCGUCUACGUGGCAACUUUUCUGGGCUUUGGCGGUAACGCUGCUCGACAGAGAUAUGCAGACAACAUAUUCACCAACACAGUAUUGAGAAACAGGCUUCUUGGUAAACAGAUUGGUCUGACCUCCGAGACUCCCUACUUGGACCCUUGCCUGCCCUUAGACGCUGAGGACGAAGUCCAGCAGAACGGGCAGACUCUGUACCUCCGAGGGACAGGAGAUUUCCACUUGUGUCGCGAUGUCAUUCAGCCUUUCAUGAACAAGACCAACGAAACACAAACGUCCCUGAAUGGCAUCUAUCAGCCACCCAUCCAUUUCGAGAACAGCGAAUUCUACGGGUUUUCGGAGUUCUAUUACUGUACUGAGGACGUCUUAAGGAUGGGGGGCAAUUACAACGCUGCUCAGUUCCUCAAAGCUGCAAAUGAAUAUUGUGCCACGAAGUGGUCUGUUCUAUGGGAAAGAUUUGAUCGUGGCCUGUAUGCAUCCCAUGCAGAUCUUCAUCGAGUGAAGUAUCAGUGCUUUAAGUCAGCCUGGAUGUACGAGGUAUUUCACAAUGGCUUCGGUUUUCCUGUGAACUACAGCAACUUAAAAACAGCACUCCAAGUAUACGAUAAAGAGGUGCAGUGGACGUUGGGCGCCAUCCUUUAUCGAACCCGGUUUUUACCUUUGAGAGACAUCCAGCAGGAGAACUUCCGGGGCAAUCACCCCCACUGGCGCAGCUUCGCCUUCGUUUACAACCAUUACUUAUUCUUCGCCUGCUUCUUCAUUGUGCUCCUCUCCAUCCUGCUCUACCUGCUGCGCCUGCGGAGGAUCCACCGGCGAACCCUGCACAACGGCUCCUCCCCUCCCCUCUGGAUCGAAGAAGGCCUCCCGUCGCAGAAGAUCCCCGGAGGCUUGUAAGCUGCUGCUGACUGAGAAUCUCAGAAAGAAAAAGAAAAAAAACCCUUCCUCUCAGGGUCCCCACCCCCACCCACCCCUCUCUCGCCUUCAGAGAGCCUUGCCUGGGCCCCUGCUUGCAAUCUUGGAACCAAGAGGUGGAAUUUCCCUCUGUGGAGGACCACGAGGGGAAAGCUAAGUCCAACUUGGCUUGACAAGGCUGGGGGACUCUCAGCCAAAAUUAUUUUAAAAACUCUUUACUUUGAAAGCAAAUGCACUUUGACUUAGGGACAGGGGGACAGACAGAAAAGCAGGAGAAUGCAGUGAAGACUUUGUGCCAGUACGUUAAAUGGGAAAGUUGCGAGCAAUUCGUACGUUCAGUAAACGUUGAUGGGUUUGUUCUCUCCUUUUGCUGUAAGUCUGCUGUUAGGGUUUUCCUGGGUCUGAAUGCAGGCCUGCUUAACUGACUCUUGUGGGCUGCCAGUUCACUGUUCCUUGUCAUGUUCUUGAGCCACACACAGCACAGGGGAAAGCUCGCCUCAGCCUCUCCUGCACUGAUUUGAACAGCAACAGAGGAAGAUUUCACUCUCAAAUUAUUUAUUUAAACCAUUUUGACACUCUUAUUCCUUCCCCACUCCCAAAAUAGCUUAAACAGAGGGUAGACAGAUCAGUAAUAAGGCAGCCCUUGCCACCACAGUCUU